AUGGCAGCGGCUGCUAGCCUCGACGCUGCUAGCCAGCAGGUUAACAUGGGCAUCGGAGCUCGCACCAACGGUCGAUGGGCUGCUGCUGCUGCGGCUCGACCUGGAUCUUACAUCGAGACGCAAAGAGAGACGGCCGCCGUCGACUCGACUGCUCAGGCUCAGAUGGACGCACUUCUUACCGGCUCUUCCGGUGUCAGCGGACCCGCUCGCGUCGAGUUGCCUUUGGACGCCAUCUCUUCCGCCGCUUUCGGUUCUGCCGAUGUCGAGCACAUUAUUGCUUCGCAGAAGGGUGACUUCACUGUGCUGACCCACCGCGAUUUUCCCUCGGUCUCGAUCCGAAUCAAGCAGCUCUACUCGCCCCCACCCGCAUCGCAGCUGAAGGAGCACGACGUCGAUCCGGAAGCCUUUUGCGAUCCCACCGUCACCUCGUGGUCCGGUUACAUCGACACCGCUUACGGCGGUAAGAGUCUCUGGUUCUACUUCUUCGAAUCGCGUUCCAACCCCUCCAAGGAUCCUGUGAUUCUGUGGACCAACGGUGGUCCAGGUUGCUCUUCUUCCCUCGGUCUCUUCAUGGAGCUGGGUCCCUGCCGUGUACCUGAACGCGGCGGUAAGCUCACUCCCGGCCCUCCCAUCAACGGCACCAAGUGGCACCCUCAAUCGUGGACCAACCGUGCCAACGUCUUCUUCAUCGAUCAGCCCGUCGGUGUAGGUUACUCCUACUCCAAGACCGAACAAAAGGUCUACACUACGGAAGAAGCUGGCAAGGAUGUCUAUGCUUUCCUCCGUGUCUUCUUCUCUGCCUUCGAUCGCUUCAAGCGCAACGACUUCUACAUGGCUGGCGAAUCCUACGGUGGAAGAUACAUCCCCAUUUUUGCCUCUGAAGUCGCCGAUCGCAAUCACGACGUUGAACGAGCAGCUCUCAAAGCAGGCAAGAAGGUUGACCGAGACCAACUCAUCAAUCUUCAAGGUGUUCUCAUCGGCAACGGUCUCACCGACGUAUCCAAGCAAAUUUCGGGAUACUACGACAUGACGUGCACGCGUCGUGGCGGUGUAGAGCCUAUUCUGAGCAUCGAAACGUGCAAACGUAUGCAUACGUACGUCCCCGUGUGUCGUAAGAACAUCGCCGCUCACUGCGUGGAUUCAGUCAACCCGGAUCUCUGCGAACUCUGGAUGGACAAGUGCUCGGAAGAGAUUGAAGCUCCUUACUUUUACACCGGUCAGAACCCUUACAACAUCAAGGACGACUGCAAAUCCGGUCUCGAGCCCAACCUCUGCUACGAUGUCACCGAUGACAUUCGAAAAUACUUGGACCGUGACGAUGUGCGUUCUUUGCUGGGAGCAGCUCCCACAGAAGAGAUCGGCAAGUUCGCGAGCUGCAACAACGAUGUCGCCAUGGGUUUCAACAGGAUCCUGGACUCGAGCCAUGAUAAUGGGUUCAACGUGGCCGGGUUGCUGGAGCGAGGUAUCAAGGCACUGGUAUAUGUGGGGACUUUGGACUGGAUCUGCAACUUCAACGGCAACUACGAAUGGGUCAAGACGUUGGAUUGGAGUGGAAGUGAAGAGUUCAAGGAGAGCAAGAACUACGAGUGGGUUGUGGAUGGCGAGAAAGCGGGCAGGACGCAGAGCGGUGGCGGGUUGACUUGGGCGACCGUGUACGAGGCGGGUCACAUGGUCCCGUACGACCAGCCGGAUAGUGCGUUGGCCAUGUUGAAUAGGUGGUUGGACGGUCAGGAGCUGUAA